GUAGCAGUAGCAGCCAUCCCUCAUUUCCAUCUCCCUCUCCCUCCACAUUUAGCAGCUACCCGGCCCUCACCCCCUCUCACCGCCUCCCACCCUGCAGCGCGCAGCAGAGCAAGAGCGAACGAGCGAGCAAUCGACACGAUCCGCGAGUGGCUGCCGCACGAUCCGCCAGGUUAACCAGAAACUGGGGUGGUAGUACUGCUAGAGAAGCGGCCUGUCUGGUAGUGGGUGUGUUGAUAUUUUCGGCUGUCGCUUCUUUUUUCUCGACAUCGCUUCUUCAUACGUCUUUAAGCAACUCAUCCGUCGCCACGCUGUCUCGCUGAUCCGACCUGCCACUGACCGCUCACCGUCACUUACUGUGCACGCCGGGGGCCAUUGGCAGCGCCACUGCACUGCACCGAUUUCUGUUGGUCGACUAAAAGUCGCGGGGCAUUCGGCAGCGCCACUGGUACUAGCAGCACUACACCGCCCCGCGCGCUACCAUCUCUUUCUCGAAUCCUUCCUCGAUCCGUGCUACACCCACCGGAAACCCGCAAUUCCCGCUGAUCCGUGGCAAGAGCUGGCUCUGCGCCAGCGCAGGCUGCGUUGAUCGCGCCGGAGACCGCGGAGAUCUCCGAGGAACGCCGCCUCGUUCGGUAGUAGCAACCGUGGCUUCCGCCCGUCCAACCACCCGUCGUUCCAGCGAUUGCCAGCACCAGUGGCAGUGGCUCCUCCGAAGAGUCUGAUGACCGCUUCGGCGGCCUGAUCCCCCACUGCCGCAAUAGCGGCUACCUCCACAACUAGUAUUACUACUAGUGAACUCCGCCGCGCGCAUCCGACGGUUCCGAUUCGUUCUCCUGCGCUCGAAAUCGGCAGAUCGGAGCGACGCUGGGUGCAUUCACUGGUGAGAGACCAGUACUACGAUAGUAUCGUUCGCUGCCACUGCCACUCCCCGGUGGUCGGUCGUCGAGCUGGCGGGUCAACGCAGGCGAUCGGUCAUCAGAGCAAAGCGCAGGUUUGGACCCGUGGAUAGCGGCGGCUGCCGUGACAGCCACUGCGAAUAACACCCCCCCUCCCCCCCAUAAGGUAAAAAAAAGCUACCAAGCCAUUGCGACUGCCCGCUUUCCGCCAGGUAGCAGUGGUAGUAGUAGAAGUAGCUGUGGGAGGAGGAGGAGAAGGGAGAAGGAGGAAGAGGAAGAGGAAGAGGAAGAAAGGUGCUGUUUCACGAGUUGCACCGACCGCAUUGCCGUUCUUUGUCGUCCCAGACUGGCUGUUGUUGAAGCAUCACCGCAACGAGGGUUGCCGCCACCCGCGGAAGCCACCGCAGAAGCAGCAGCAGCAGUAGCGGCAGCCGGAAUAGCAGGCGCAAUGGCGUGGACGUUCCGCCACGUCAUGCUCUCCCACAUGGACGCCGCCACGUCCUCGUGGGACGCGCACCGCGACGUCGAGGCCGUCUUUAUCGCGGACGGCCGAUCCGUGCUGCAGUUCCGCCCGCGGCCCCCCGCGCCCGCCGCCAUGAUGAUCACCGACGACUCCGGCCUCUCCGAGGAAGCCGCCUGCGGAGACGGCGGUGGCGGCGGCCGCGCGGGCGGCAAUGGCGGCGACGGGUCGAUCGUGGAUCCGAUUCUGCAAGUGGACUCAAGCUGCCAGAUCCACCGUGUUGGCUCGCAUGCCUUCAUUCUCAUGCUACCUCCCACCGCCACGCAAGCGCAACCGCAGUCCGCCCCGCCCUCUGCCCGCGCUCCACCCCUUCCCCCGCCCGCCUCAGCCCCGCGCGCCUCCCUGGCGUCCGCCUUCUCCAUCCGCUUCCUGCUCUCCUCUCAGGCCGACACCUUCGCCCGCACCCUCGCCACCUGGAAGACCCGCUCCGCCCCUGCCUCCUCUGCUGCCGCUGCUGCUGCUGCUGGUGUGGGUAGUACUGGUGGUGGUGGUGGUGGUGGGAACAGGUCAGCAGCAGGAGCAGCAGGAGGGGGCAGCGCGGAUUGCGAAGAAGGAGGGAUACAGAACGGCGUGGCAGCAGGCGUGGGGAGAGACCAGGAGGAAGGUUGUGCUGCCGAGGCUACCGGUGCUGGUGGUGAGGGAAGUGGGGGUGGGCGGAGGGGUGAGGAGGCGGCGAAUGCGUUUGACCGCAAGAUCGAGGCGUCGAGUGCGAAGAUGUACUUCCACUACUACGGCCAGCUGCUGCACCAGCAGAACAUGCUGCAGGACUACGUGCGCACAGGCACGUACUACGCGGCGGUGUUGGAGAACCGGGCGGACUUCGAGGGCAAGAUAGUGGUGGACGUGGGCGCGGGCAGCGGCAUCCUCAGCCUCUUCGCCGCCAGGGCGGGGGCGAAGCACGUGUACGCGAUAGAGGCGUCGAACAUGGCCCACUACGCGUCCAAGCUGGCGGCAGGCAACCCCCUCCUCGGGCAGAACAUCACUAUCAUCCACGGGAAGGCGGAGGACGUGUCGCUGCCCUUCCAGGCGGACGUCCUCAUCUCCGAGCCCAUGGGCACGCUGCUGGUGAACGAGCGCAUGCUGGAGACGUACGUCAUCGCGCGCAACCGCUUCCUCAAGCCCGGGGGCAAGAUGUUCCCCAGCGCUGGCAGGAUCCACGUGGCACCAUUCUCUGACGAGUACCUCUACGUGGAGAUGGCCAAUAAGGCGCUCUUCUGGCAGCAGCGCAGCUACUACGGCGUGGACCUCACACCGCUGCACGGCGACGCGCUCAACGGCUACUUUGCGCAGCCAGUGGUGGACGCCUUUGACCCGCGCAUCCUCAUCGCGCCCAGCACGUCGCACCCCAUCGACUUCAACGCCAUCCAGGAGGGCGACCUGUUUGAGAUAGACAUACCACUGUCGUUCAAGUCAAACAUGGCGGCCCGUCUGCAUGGCCUCGCAUGCUGGUUCGACGUGCUCUUCAGCGGCAGCUCCGUGCAGCGGUGGCUGUCCACGGCACCGGGGGCGCCCACGACGCACUGGUACCAGCUGCGCUGUGUGCUGGCGCAGCCGCUCUACGUCUUUGCGGGCCAGCUCAUCACGGGCCGCCUGCGCCUCGUCGCUCACAGCGCUCAGAGCUACACCAUCCACCUCACACUCUCCACCCACGCGUGGAGCCCCGACGGUACGGUGGGGGGCGUGCUGCAAUCGUCUACGGGCAAGCUGGACCUGAAGGAACCGUACUACCGCAUGAGCCAGGCUUCGCUGGCGUGGACGCAGGAGCAGCCGCAGGUGCAGGCGCAGACGCAGACCCAGCAGCCACAGCAGGUGCUGCAGCAGAUGGCCAUGCAACAGAUUCUAGCACAGCAGCAGCAGCAGCAGCAUCAAGGGUCAGGGGACCUGGUGAUGGCACCGGAUGCAGGAGGUGCAGGGCAGUCGGGGCAAACCAGCAGCCAGGUUAUGACUUGAGGACUUGAAUGGAUGACUGAGGGAGGGACUCAAAAGCAGACUCAAACCAGCAACCAGGUCAUGACGUGAGGGCUUGAAUGAGUGACCGAGGGAGGCAUACAGGCAACGCAGGCGGCAACAGUAGGGGAACAGAAAGGGAACGGAGGGUGGACGGAGGGGGGACGGAGGGAGGGGGAACAGAAGGGGAACGGAGGGGGAACAGAAGGGGAAUGGAGGGGGAACAGAAGGGGAACGGAGGGGGAACAGAAGGGGAAUGGAGGGGGAACAGGGUCCGCCUGUCUUGCAGAACGUGCCUUAUGGGGACAGUACACUAUUUUCUCCCAGGGUCCUUUCGGGCCACCAGUACCAUGCUUGCUGUGUGGUGGCUGUCUGGCUGUGUGUGUGGGGGCUUGUGUUGUGUGCCGCAGUGCUGCAGGGGCUUUGCUUUGCUCCCUCCGUGCUAGUUCCCUAUCCCCUUCCUCGGUGUGCUUUUAGCUAGGUAGCUUUUUUUCGCUAUGGAUUGGACUCUGUUGGGUUGGGGUUGGGGGUGGUGUGGGCAGUUUGUGGUACCUGUUGGAUGGGAUGGGCAUGGGGGGGUAGAUGAUUACUCUAGACUAGAGCCUAGUGUAUGCUUGCAUGCUGUGGAUUUGCAUUACAGGUUACUUUUUGGAUUGCGAACGGAUUGAGUUGCAUUUUUAUUUAUU